AUGGCGAAUAGAACAGUAUCAGAUGCGAUAGCCGUACACGGAACAAAUCCACAAUAUCUCAUAGAAAAGAUCAUUAGAACCAGAAUUUAUGAAUCACUUUACUGGAAAGAAUUCUGUUUCGGUCUGACGGCCGAGACGUUGAUUGAUAAAGCAAUUGAAUUAACAUCAUUUGGAGGAGAAUAUGGAAAUCAAAAGCCGACAGAAUUUCUUUGUUUGACAUGUAAAUUACUUCAAUUACAGCCAAGCAAAGAAAUCGUUUUAGAAUUCAUUAGAAAUGAAGAAUAUAAAUAUUUAAGAGCACUUGGGGCAUUUUAUUUGAGACUAGUUGGUAAUUCACUAGAAAUUUAUCAGACUCUUGAACCAUUGCUUAAUGAUUAUAGAAAAUUAAGAAAAAGAACAAACGAUGGAGACUUUGAAAUUGUUUGUAUGGAUGUAUUCAUUGAUGAGUUGUUAAGAGAAGAAAGAGCAUGUGAUACAAUAUUGCCAAGAAUAUUAAAACGUCACGUCUUGGAAGAAAAUGGAGAAUUAGAGCCACAAGGAAUAAAAGUCAUAGUAGAUCAAGAACUUCUCCGUCAAGGAGAUAUAGUAGGAGCAGAUCAAAGUCACCUAAGAGAAGAGGUGGAGAUUGGAGGGCUGAUAGAUACGUUCCAAGUGAUAAUCGUAGUAAUAGAAGGCGUAAGCGUAUAUCAUCCCGUUCCAGAUCACGUUCGAGAUCAAGAAGUUAUGAUCGAUAUGAACCAAGUUACCGUAGAGGUAAAUCAUUCUCUUCUUCUUCAUAUCGACCUUCACGCCAUAGAUCUUAUUCAAGAAGUCACAGUAGAGAUAAAUGAAAGGUAA